AUGAAGUCGGCGACAGCGUCGUACCCCAACAGCGUCGUCGGCCCCUACGAGUGGACGUACUUCCCUGCGGAGGUGCCAGAGAGCGCGCUGAUCGUGAGGUUCGAGUUCCGCAAGCUGUGGGCCUCACAAGCGGUAAGCUGUGUUCCGCGCAGAGGGACGAGGCGCCUGCAGGCGCAGCAAGCAGCACGGACGCAGCGGGGGAGUCACAGCAAGCAGGCAGCAGCAGCAGCGCGGAGGCAGGAGCAGCGGCAGCGGCAUCGGGUGGUCCCCUGGUGUGCUUCGCGCUGGGCUCUCUGCCGCUGCCGUCGGACCACGAGCCACAAUGUGCGUGCUGCCUGCCCCUCCGCACACCUCCCCUCUGCCCCUCCGCACACCUCCCCUCUGCCCCUCCGCACACCUCCCCUCUGCCCCUCCGCACACCUCCCCUCUGCCCCUCCGCACACCUCCCCUCUGCCCCUCCGCACACCUGCCCUCUGCCCCUCCGCACACCUGCCCUCUGCCCCUCCGCACACCUGCCCCCUGCCGCCUGCCGCCCGCCGCCUGCCGCUCGCUAGCUGCUACAGAUUCCUCUCGCUACAGCUGCCGCUGCACUCCCCUCACGCGACCACACGCUCUCUGGAUCAACCAGCCGGCACACAUUGCCCCCUCCGCUGCAUCCCUCUCUGUCCCUUCCCCCCCGGCGCCAUCCCCUCGUUCCUCCCUCUCACACGCUUUCGCAAAACGAUUCUCCAUCUGCCAUCCCGUUCUCCAUCCCCCUUUCCCCAAUCCCCUUGUGUCAUCCUCACAAAAACCUUUGUCACCUUCUGGAUGCCCCGUCUGCCCCACGAGUCGCUGGAGGCAGCAGCCAAGGCGGCGGGGGGGUCGCUUUCCCCCUUUGGGAGGGCCAUGGGCGCACCUCCCAGCCGACCAGGUGAGCCCGUGAGGCGAGGGCAGGCUGGCAGGCGGCAGGGCGUUGGGAAUGGUGUUUGGAUGCAUGCGAGCUAUGUUGUGCCCUCUCAUGUGCCCUCUCAUGUGCCUUGGUCGGUCUGUGUUGUGUGCCUUCUGUGCACCACCCUUCCUUUCGCAACCCACCUCCACCUCCUCAACCUUCACCAUCCCUCCCAACCCAGUAUUACUCUCAUCCCGCUCUCCGCCCAUCCCUCCCAUCUCUCCCAUCUCCAUCUCCCUCACCCCUCGCGUCCCACAUGCCCGCAGCAACCGGUAGCAGGCGUGUGGAACGUGGGGGUGUUCAGCGAGUGGGGGCCGGCGCGCACACAGUCCAAGAUGGUGCUGCGGGGGGCCAUCCCUCCCAUUGACUUCUCACCCCCUCCCCCCACCUCUCAAACCCCCCCAACCCCCUCACCCCUCUCAUCCCACGUGCUCGCAGCAACCAGUGGCGGGCGUGUGGAACGUGGGGGUGUUCAGCGAGUGGGGCCCAGCGCGCACGCAGUCCAAGAUGGUGCUGCGGGGCACGGCGCACACCUUCGAUCUCGCCCUCACCGCCUUCUCCUGCUUCAACGCGCCCCUCCUCUCCGGCCGCUUCUGCAACGACUCGCGCACCCCGCUGCCCCUCCACCCGCUCUCCUCCCACACGUUUCUUCCUCCUCGCCCUCCUCACCGGGCAUGGACGCCCUGUACGGGGGCUCUCUCACUCACCAGUGCCUGCGCGCCUCGUCCGCCCCGCUCCUCUUCACCCUCGCCAUCCCCCAGCCCCUGCCCAAGCUCCUCAUCUCCAUCUACCCCGAACCACCCUCCUCCUCCUCUGCCUCCUCAACCUCCCCCCUCCCGUCGUGGCUCACGGGUCACGCCCGCUCCGCCAACUCCUCUCUCUCCGUGCAGCUGCGCCGCAUGGCUCUCCUUGGCCCGUCCAAUCGCGGCGCGCCAGCUGGACCCUCCUUUUCCGUGCAGCUGCCUUCAGAGACCGAGGAGCAAGCAGGCAGCAGCAACAGCGGUGUUAGGGGCAGUAGAGAACAGGAGGGGAGGGGGGGAGCGGAGGGGGGGGCGGGGGUGGACGUGUGGUGGAGCGAGGGGCGAAUGGACAUUGGCAGCUGGCAGAGCGUGGCUGACCCUGGCUCCUGGCACCUGCUGCUCUCGCACCCUGCCAGCAGCGCUGCGCGGAGUGGGCCCGGUAAUGGCAGCACGGUUAGCAACAGCAGCAGCAUUGGUGUCAACGGUAGUACCAGUGUUGGCAGUGUUGGCAGUGGUAGCAGUGGUGGUAGAGAGGGGGGGGAUGGUGGGUGGUUGGCGUCGCUGUGGGGGGGGUCGUGGACGCACGGGCAGCAGGGGGGCGCUGCGGAUGAGGGGGAAGGGGGCGGAGAGGUGUGCGUGAGCAUCCAAUGGAAGGCUGCCACGUGUUUCCCUCGCCUCACUGGGCCUCAGUGCCAGUGGCCGCUCAUCCCUCUCGAGCCGCACCUGCUCUCAUGGACAUACGAGUCGGGGCUUGAUGCAGCUUACCUGCCCCCCGCCUCGCCCGCCCCGCCCUCCCUGUGGGCCUCGUGGUUCCCCGUGCCCCUCGCCGCCUCGCCCUCCCCGGCGCGCCCCUCGUGGGCCUUCCUCUCCCUCGCCCCGCCCUUUGGUGCGCGCGGGGGCGUACUCUCCAUCCACCUGCGCCUCCUGCCCCUCCGGCGCGGGGAUGGGGCGCAGGGGGAUGGGGAGGGGCAAGGGGGAGAGGGGGAGAGUGGUGGCAGUGGCAACAACAGCGGCAACAGCAGUGCGGCGGGGGUGGCAGCGGGGUCAUCAGGUGCUGCCCCGCGGGCGUUUGUGUAUCUGCUCGUGCGUGCCGGUGGCCUGCCGUCCCUCACACGCUUUGAUGCCUCCGCUGUCGCACCGGCCACAGAUAUGGCAGCCAGGGGCGGGCAGCUAUCGCUGGAGCUCAUCCACCCUGCGGAGGUCACCACCUUCGUGGCCGUGGGGCUGGACGCUGCUCCGUCAAGGGGGGGAGGCGAGGGGGGAGAGGAGGAGGGGGAAGGGGCGGAGGCGGGGGAGGGGGAGUGGGAGUGGGAGUGGGAGUGGGAGGUGCGGGUGGUGCAGCACGGGUGCCCCAACGGCUGCUCGGGCAGCCCCUGCCACGUCAUGGCGGACGGUGCCUUCCAAUUCGGCGUCUACUACUGCUUCUGCGAUCGAUCCAACGGGGGCGUGGACUGUUCCAUUGAGACAGUCUCACAGCUAGGCAUAGAGCAGCAGCGGUGGGCGCUGGUGGGCAGCAACGUGGUGGCCGUGCUGCCAGCCAUGGUCUCGCUUUACCUUGGGGCGUACCCGGAGUGGGUGAUGUUCUCGCUCAACGGGCUGUGCAGCGCCCUCUACCACCUGUGCGACACCGACGGGUGGUGCGCAGCACGCUACCCCACGCUGCAGUUCGCCGACUUCUACUCCUGCUUCCUCGCCGUGCUGCUCGCCUUCCUGCACGCGGCACAAGUGCCCAUCUGGCCGCGCUUCCUCUUCUUCGUCGUUGCCUCCUUCUCCACCGCCGUCAUGGCUGUCGACCGCGCCACCAGUGGGUGGAGCAUCGUGGUGCUGCUGGCGCUGGGAGCAGCGGCCCUCGUCACCGGCUGGUUCAUUCGCCUCGCUGCUCUUCGCCGCUCCGCCGCCGCCUCCUCCUCCGCCGCCCCUCAUGCCCCCCACACCCCUCUCGAGGCGGCAAGCUGCGCUGUGCAGUGCGUGGAAGAGCAAGGGGGCUCCCGGCACGGGCACGUGGAAGAGGAGGGCGCCUCUCUGCUGCCGCCCCCUUGCAGCAGUGACGGGGAGUGGCCAUGUGGGGCCGCGAGGGCAAGUAAAGCGCAGCAGCACGCAUCAGUGUGGAGAAGAAUGUUCCACUGGUGCCGUGCGCAGGGGGCAGUGGUGCUGCGCAUGGUGUUGGCCCUGCUCGCCACGUUCCACGUGCCGUCGCUGCUGGGCGGCGCACUGGCGGCGCUGCUGGGCGGCAGCAGCUUCCUUGUGGAGGUGCCAAGCACCUACUGGAUCUGGCACAGCGUGUGGCACGUGUGCAUGUACUCAGCUGCCUUCUUCUUCAUGCUUGCAUCGCCACCGCCCAACAAACACGGCUCCUUGCCGCUUGCUCUGUCCCCACGCUCACCACCACCAAAACAGCAUGACUCGUUCUGCUCCCAUAGGAACAGCGAUGAUGUGAGUGUUGCUGGCAGCAGCAGUGGCGAUGGCAGUAGCGAAGGUGGCUGGCCCAUGGGGAAGAGAGUUGGUGGUUGCUCGGUUGGGAGAGAAGUAGAAGUGGACGAGGAGAGGGGCCUCUUGUUGAUCCGUGAUCAUUCAUAA